UAACACUUUAAACACAUACUUUACAAUUUUGCCUCAACUUCCAGUGAUCAAAACUGUUACUUUUUCAAACGAGAGCUGUCUGUAUUGCUAGCAGCAGUGUUACUCUCCAUUAUUUUCAUGUAAACAUGCUCGGGAAGAUGUUAUGAGCAGCUGAAACAGAUUUGAGCAAUUGGACAGUGGCGCGUGCUUCCGUCCUAGAUCAGCUGACACGAGCACGCGGAAGAAGUAAAGCUUCAUUCAGAGCGUAGUUUAAAAGUAUAUUUUGAAAACAUAAAGAUUGCAUUUCAGUUUUAUGAACUGAAAAACGUUUGUGGUGGUCCUCGUUUGAUGUGUCUUUCCCUCUGAGCUGUCAUUUAAAUACAAUGGCACACAGCGAGGCAUUGGUUGUAGUGAAUGGAAGUCAGGUGUCCUGCAUUGGGCUUGAUUGGGAAGACAUUCCAGAUUUUCUUGGGGCAAAAUAUGGAGAAGUGGCAAGAAGAUUAGAUCUCAGCUUCAACCAACUGAGGUCACUGACAGGCCUGAAAGCGUUCAGCCAACUGGAAGAGCUGAUUGUGGACAACAAUCUUCUCGGAAAUGACCUCCGGUUGCCCAGGUUACCACGGCUCCAUACCCUGACAUUCAAUAAGAACCAAUUCACUGACAUCGAGGCCCUGUUGGACCAUUUGGCAGAAGUGACGCCAGCGCUGGAAUACCUGAGCCUUCUGGGAAAUGAGGCCUGUCCCAACCAACUGGUCAGCAUGGAUAAAGAUGAAGACGACUAUCAGAGAUACAGGUACUUUGUGCUACAUAAGCUGACAAAGCUGAAGUUCCUGGACACCAGGAGAGUGACCCAGUGGGAACGGUCAGAGGCCGAAGCACGUGGAGCUUUCAUGAAGGUGGUCAAGCUGAAAAAUGACCAAGUAAGUGCUUUGAUUUUACUAGAAAGACGAAGACACGUGACACAUACAGGAUCAAAAGACAGUUGAGAUAAUCUGAGAUAACUGAUUGUGUAUCCCAGAUUUAGAUCUAAAAUGCUCUGUGGUUUAACAUGUAACCCAGCAGCCGGUUAAGCAUCUUUACCUUAUGUCAUGUGGCCGAAUAACUACACAGCCUGACCCUGUAAAUGAUUUGUGUAACCCUCCCCUUUCUGUGCAGAUGACUAUAAGAACUUAAAAGGCUAAGGCACCGUAAACUAAUCCAUCCCACUCCUUCUUAGCUUCCAUUGUUUGUUCGUAGCAAAUUGUCAGAAUCUUUUAAGAGGUUACUUGUACGCAGCUCUUUGAAGACGUGGCCUUUCAAUCUCGCAUUGCUGUUUAGAGGAGGGUCUUUUUAAUGACCACGACCUGACCUCUUUCUGUAUGCAUGAGCCCAGAUCAAAGUGGACGGCGCCUGUCCGAUCGGCCUUGCUUCGCUCGGCGUGACAGCGCUCUCGAUCGGGGUGACAGCUCACGUUCACGACAGUCACCAUCGCUUAAUUAUCCAUCGCAUACACAAUUAUUUCUCUCUCUCGCUCGCAUUUCAAGGAGGCGGGCAGAAUCCUAGACUUCAAACACAUCUCCAUUCUCUUCAGAGUUUAUGAUGGAAUGGCUUUAGUAAGAUUUGAUUUCAUGUAUUUGUGCAGUCAUAAAAUAUUUAGCUUGUGGUCAAACCAUUUCUUUAUAUUCACUGCUUCCCGAGAGUUAGAGAAGCAAAUAGGGAUGUGGAUGCAUGAGUUUAAAAAGUACAGAAUAUUUAUCACAGUCAACAUUCAGACGAAGUAAGCUGGUAUUUAUUUUGUUUGCAUGACGCUGAAGUCACUUAUUUUGCUUCAGCAAAGAAAAAGUGAAAACUAUGCAAUGAGUUAACCUCAUUCAGGCAAGUUUUUAGUUGGAAGGGUAUUUUGUUGGUUGGAAAAUGAGAAAAAGCUGAUUGGAGAAUGGAAUAUAAAGUGUUGUGCUUCCUGUCCACUCAAAUAAGACCAGACAUUUCAGGACUUGCCAUUUUAAGAGUGAUGGAGAUGAAUAGAUGAUCACAUGUGAAGUACGUAAAAUAAUUUCCAGUAAAACUGUAACUAAAGUCUACAGUAGAUCCAUUUUAAGCACAACCGUUGAGCAGUUUCAGCAUUUAAUUCUUAGCGGGCAUGCUAUUGAAAGAGUCCACUGUUUUAAAUAUCUGGCAACCAACACAGUGUUUAUGUAUUUUCAUUUUUUAAGUUAUGCAGAGUUUGUGUCUAAUCCAAAAGUUUACCCAAAGUAAUCCAGAACAUUUUAGAAACCGUGUUAAUCUUUUACAAAGCGUUCUGUUUUUCAUAAGUAAUUGUAUAAUGCAAACCUGACGUUUUCCUAUUUUUGGGGCAGAUGAGUGCAGUAUUGAAUAGGCAUUACAAAAAAGGACAUUCGUUUG